AUGAGAACUGGUCAUUCUACAUCUGGUCAUUCUACAUCAGGUCAUUCUACAUCAGGUCAUUCUACAUCAGGUCAUUCUACAUCAGGUCAUUGUGCAUCAGGUCAUUCUACAUCAGGUCAUUGUGCAUCAGGUCAUUCUACAUCAGGUCAUUGUGCAUCAGGUCAUUCUACAUCAGGUCAUUGUGCAUCAGGUCAUUCUACAUCAGGUCAUUGUGCAUCAGGUCAUUCUACAUCAGGUCAUUCCAAAUCAGGUCAUUCUGCAUCAGGUCAUUCUACAUCAGGUCAUUGUGCAUCAGGUCAUUCUACAUCAGAUCAUUCUACAUCAGGUCAUUCAACAUCAGGUCAUUCUACAUCAGAUCAUUCUACAUCAGAUCAUUCUACAUCAGGUCAUUCUACAUCAGAUCAUUCUACAUCAGGUCAUUCUGUAUCAGGUCAUUCUACAUCAGGUCAUUCUGCAUCAGGUCAUUCUGCAUCAGGUCAUUCUACAUCAGAUCAUUCUACAUCAGGUCAUUCUGCAUCAGGUCAUUCUGCAUCAGGUCAUUCUACAUCAGAUCAUUCUACAUCAGGUCAUUCUGCAUCAGGUCAUUCUGCAUCAGGUCAUUCUGUAUCAGGUCAUUCUACAUCAGGUCAUUCUGCAUCAGUCAUUCUACAUCAGGUCAUUCUGCAUUAG